AUGGCUUCCAACUCCGUGUUUGCUGCUGUGCUCCUCCUCGCCCUCUCCCUGCCAUUCGUUCUUGCUGGAAACGCUGCUGGCGCGGAGCAAUCGUCACAGUCCUACUACGAGUAUGACGCCGACGGCAACAUCAUCCUGUCUCCUGCUAGAAACAACAACCAGAACGGCAACGGGGAGGGCACAUCCGCUGACGUGAUCGAUUGGUACAACGACCAGGAGUACCCGACCUGCCCGCUCAAAGCCUGCCCGGAAUUCAAGCACUAUUGCUCGGGCGGGAUGUGCAACGACACGGCCGGCAUCCUCGGCCGCUGGAGGUGCCUCAAGUGCGGCAUCUGCUGGCUGUACCCGCCCGGCACGGCGCCGCGGUGCGAGACGCAGCUGGACAACAACAACGGCUACCGCAUUAAGUACAACUGCUCGCGCAUCGGCGGCAGUUGCCCCUACACCAAGAACGACUUGCACUUCCAGGGCGCACAAGGCACGCGCUUUGAGUUCAACGGCGCUCCGGAGAAGACUUUCUGUCUGCUGACGGAUCGCAACGUGCACGUGAACAUGCAGAUGCGCGGAUACUACGAUACGCGCACCGUCGGCGCGACGGUUCUGCGCAACGGCAAGGCUGUGCGCACGUGGAUCCGCGCGCUCGGCUUCGUGUGGCGCGCGGCAGCUGGGGAGGCGGGGCACAAGUUCCGCCUGGUGGCGCGCUCGGGCAAACAGCAGAAGCGCGGGGACGGGUUCCUGGAGCUGGCGGAGAUCGACGGGAAGGCCCUUCCGCGCAUGACCAAGGAAGGGGAGACUCUCUCCCUUCCCGGCGGCCUCACCUUCGCGUACAUCGGGGUCGAGACCGGCGGGUUCGUGAAGGACGCGCACAUCAACGUGGCGUUCAACGGCGUGGAGGCGACGGAGCAGGUCCACGGGAUCAUCGGGCAGACGUACUGCGAGGGCCGCGAGAAGCGCGCGAUGGACUACAACACGCUCGCGCACGCGCUCGGGCACCCCGUCGCGGCCGACGCGGCGGAAGGUGCGGGGUUCCUGGACGGCAAGACCGCGGACUAUGAAUCGUCGUCAGUCCUCGCUGCGGAUUGCAGAUUCUCCGCGUUCAACGGGAAGGCGCUGCCGCUGACAGAGUAG